AUGUCACGUAUUAUCGUCAAAGGUCUACCAACUUUCUUAACCGAUGACAAUCUAAAGACACAUUUCAACAAAAGAUUAAGCACCACACAUAAGGGGAAAUCAGAUAACCUUAUAACUGAUGUCAAGGUUCUAAGGGAUAGGAAUGGUGAGAGUAGAAGGUUUGCAUUCAUUGGGUAUCGUAAUGAGGAAGACGCAUUCGAUGCAGUGAAUUACUUUAAUGGGUCAUAUAUUAACACUGCCAAGAUUGAAGUGUCUAUGGCGAAAAGUUUUGCUGAUCCUAGAGUACCACAACCUAUGAAGGAGAAGAAAAGGGAGGCAUAUAAGAGAUUCAGAGAGAAGGAAGAGAAAUUGUUAGGUGAGGAGAAUGAUAAGAAGUUGAGGAAGAAGAAUGAUGUCAAAGAGAAACAUAUUUCUAUUGAUGCGGAAAUACAAAAGAAUAAACAAUUGCAAGAGUUUAUUGAAACUAUGAAACCUAGUAAUAAAGUUCCUUCUUGGGAAAAGGCUACCACAGAUGAUUUCGAUAGUGCGUCUGUUCGUGAUGCUGAUAAAGAAGGUGAUGAUGAUGAUGAGAUGCCUGGGAAUUCUCUUUUAGCACAAGCAUUGGCUCUUAAUAAUAAGUCUGAUACAGUUAAACUUCAAGAAAAUGAGAGUGACGAUGAUUAUGCUGAUUUCAACGCGAAAAACGAUGAUAACGAAGACGUGGAAGAAACAGAACCAAUGAUGUCCCUUGACCAAGUCGAACCUACUGAAGGUGAUGAUAAGGAAUUAGCCAAAGACGAGAAAGUGUCUGAUCUGGAUUGGUUGAAACAAAGAAGUGUUAGAAUUAGAGAAGGUGAAAGUGAAGCGGCAAAACCAUCCAGGUCUACUGAGCAAAAACCGAUCGAACAAGAAGAAAAAGAGAAGGACGCAGUAACGGAAGAAAUUACUGAACAAGAACAUGAAAUAAAUGAAGAAGAAAAAAUAAUUGAAAAAAUAAAUAAUACUGGCCGUCUUUUCCUUCGUAAUAUCCUUUAUUCUUCAACAGAAGAAGAUUUCAGGAAACUUUUUAGUCCAUUUGGUGAAUUAGAAGAGGUUCAUAUAGCUUUAGAUACAAGAACUGGUCAAUCCAAAGGUUUUGCAUACAUUUUAUUUAAAGAUCCAAAGGAUGCACUCCAAGCUUACAUUGAAUUAGAUAAACAAAUUUUCCAAGGUAGACUUUUACAUAUAUUACCAGCUGAUGAGAGAAAAACACAUCGUUUGGAUGAAUUCGACCUGAAAAAUAUGCCUUUAAAGAAGCAAAGGGAAUUAAAGAAGAAAGAUAAUGCCUCUAGACAAACGUUCUCAUGGAAUUCACUUUAUAUGAGCCAAGAUGCUGUAUUAGGAAGUGUUGCAAGUAAAUUAGGUUUAAAGAAAUCAGAAUUAAUUGACCCAGAAAAUUCAAGUUCCGCAGUUAAGCAAGCUUUAGCAGAAGCCCAUGUUAUCGGUGACGUUAGAAAAUAUUUUGAAUCUAAGGGCGUAGAUUUGACAAAGUUUGCAGAAUUAAAAGGUUCCGAUCAAAGAGAUCAUAGAACGAUAUUAGUAAAAAACUUCCCAUUCGGAACAACUAGAGAGGAAAUUGGUGAAUUAUUUUCUCCAUUUGGUGAAAUUGAAAGAUUAUUGAUGCCUGCUGCCGGUACUAUUGCAAUUGUACAAUUCAGGGACGUUACUUCUGGUAGAGCAGCAUUUAGUAAACUAGCCUUCAAAAGAUUUAAAGAUGGUAUAAUAUAUUUAGAAAAAGGUCCAAAGGAUUGUUUCACAAGAAAUGCUGAGACAUCGGAUUCCGUGGACGUUGAAGCUAAUCAAACUGCGGUAGUAGAAAUAAAGGAUUCCGUCAAGGAUAUUAUGGACGGAACCAAAGAGGGCGAUGAAACUGGUGAAGGGGAAGAAGCCAUUGUAGAUGGUCCAACUGUGUCUAUUUUCAUAAAAAAUUUGAAUUUCUCAACGUCUUCUUCAGACCUUACGAGUAGAUUUAAAGUAUUCAAUGGUUUUGUGGUUGCCCAAGUUAAAACAAAACCUGACCCAAAACAUCCGAAUAAAACACUUUCGAUGGGUUUUGGUUUUGCUGAAUUUAGAACAAAAGAACAAGCAAAUGCAGUCAUUGCAGCAAUGGACGGUACAGUUAUAGAUGGGCAUAAAAUCCAACUAAAAUUAUCUCAUAGACAAGGUACAAAAGGAAAUAAUACGUCUAGUAAGAAUAAAACUAAAAGUGCGAAGAUUAUUGUUAAGAAUUUACCAUUUGAAGCCACUAGAAAAGAUGUAUUUGAGUUAUUUAAUUCGUUUGGACAAUUGAAAUCUGUUAGGGUGCCAAAGAAGUUUGAUAAAUCUGCAAGAGGUUUUGCAUUUAUCGAAUUUCUGUUACCAAAGGAGGCUGAGAAUGCCAUGGAUCAAUUACAAGGUGUCCAUUUAUUAGGUCGUAGGUUAGUCAUGCAAUACGCCCAGGAAGAUGCUGCAGAUGCCGAAGAAGAAAUUGCUCGUAUGACAAAGAAGGUACAAAAAACAAGCCGUCUCCACUGA